CCGGCGUGCCCCGCGGCAAAAUGGCGGCCUGAAGGGAGAGCGUGGGGCCGGGCCGAGCGGGGGCAAAGUUUGGGGCGGGCCCGAACCGGGGCAGAACCGGCCGCAAAGUCACUGGGACCCCGGGCGGAGCCGAGCCCGACCGGGUUCAGAGAAAGAACUGAGAUAAAGGGCCUACGUAAGAGGAAGCAAUGAAUCCUUGUUGAAGCACCAGGCAGCAGAAGCUGUUGGCCAGAUGCUGCUGGAUGCUGACAGGGGAAAGCUGAGUCAGAAACAAAUGGCCAGAAAUGUUUGGACACGUCGUCACUUUGGAUCUGUAACCCGCUUUUGGAGCCACACAGGUGGGAGGAUGUCGAGCACCGCUCCAUCAAAGAAGCCUUACCGCAAGGCACCCCCGCAGCAUCGGGAAGUCCGCCAUGAGGUGCCCAUCAUCCGUGAUGACCAGGAUGGAGUGAUCUUGGCUGAACAGAGUCAGGUAACGGCUUGCCGGGUGGCAAAGGGCUUAACACCAUUGCACCAGCAAACAGGGUUUAGUUACACCAAGGCAGGACAGCUCAAGCAGGCAGAGGGGUUUGAGGUUUGCAACCUGAACUUCUCAUCGUGGUCCCUGGAGUCCAGCAGUGAGAAGGAAGUGACAGGGUGCAGAGCAGAGUUGAACAUCAAGAGCCAGACUGUCUCGCCAGCACUUCCUCAUGGUGGAAAGAUGGGGCAGCGAAGUGGGAAGCGGUGCCCAACCCGCAGUCGUGGGCACCGCAGUAGAUUUGUGAGCCGUAGCAUGGAGACAGUUGUCAUGUCUGGAGAUGAAAGACACCAUCCCACUUGCUCUUUCAAGAGCAGAAGCCUGGAACGCUCACUUAUGUUUAAAGAGCCUCCUGAAGUCCUGACACCGAGGAAGUUUCAGGUCUCCUCUACCCGCCUGCCUCUCAAAGGAAUCCUGAAGCAGACCAACAUGGGAGGCCCAUGCCCUGAGAGCUUACGCAAGUCCCACUCAGUGGAGACGCUUUCCCGUGGCCACAGCUCGCGCAAGUACAGUGAUCCUCAGCUCUGCCUCAGCCAAAGGGAGAAGCAGUCGCUGGAGCACAGCAGCAGCAGCGCUGCUGGCCCUGUCAAGCGCAGGGAGAAGAUCACGGAGGAAAAACUGCAGUUCUCCAAAUUCCUGGAUGAGAUUAGCCAGCGAGUGCUGAGUCCCAUCCGCUUGCGUUCGCUGGGAGAGACCAGGGGAGCAGAACAAGAGCAGAACUUUACCCUUCUCCCCAGAAGAUCUGUACCAGAAGGCCAAGGGGUUAAAACCAAGCGUGUAGCUGAAAGAUCCCCCUGCCUGAGCAGAAGAAAAGCAGAAAUGAAAUGUGAGGCACUGGGAAUGGCUUCAUGCCAGAGAAAGUGUUCUGAGAAGGCUGAGAGAGCUUCCAGACAAAGAAAGAAACCUGUCCUUGGGAGGAAGGACAGUAAGGGAAAACUCCUUUCCAUAGAGAGGAGGGUAGAUGUGUGUCAGUAUGAGCUGAAGCAGCUGGCGGACCUGGGGCUGGCAGGGACAUCCUCCAGGCAGCAGCACUCACUGUCUUCUUGGAAAAGCAGCGCGAAGGGCAGAAGGGAUGAAAGCAGUCCUUGUUCACAGCUACUACAGCCACACCAUCUGUGUGCUAAACUUGGGCAGAAGAGUGCAGUGGAGCCGAACUACUCAGAGAAAGGAUCCUUCUCCUCUCCAACACGUUGGAGUCAAGAGGAAAGGCCUGCCCCAUCUAGAGCCUCCCCUUCCCUCAGCCUUGCACUAAACAAGGAACCCUUGACGGAUGCCGAAAGGAUGAAGCUACUGCAGCAUGAGAACGAGGAGCUGCGCCGCCGGCUGACAUAUGUGACUAACAAAAUGGAGGCGAUGGAGAGGGAGCUGGAGUCUGGUCAGGACUACCUGGAGAUGGAGCUGGGGCAGAACCGGGAAGAGCUGGAGAAAUUCAAGGACAAAUUCCGUAGGUUGCAGAACAGCUACACUGCUUCCCAGAGAACCAACCAGGACCUGGAGGAGAAGCUGCAUGCCCUGGCCUCUCUCAGCCAAAGCUGGAUUUUUGCAAUUAAAAAGGCAGAGAUGGAUCGCAAGACGCUGGACUGGGAGAUCGUAGAGCUCACUAAUAAGUUGCUUGAUGCCAAAAGCACCAUCAAUAAGCUGGAGGAACUCAAUGAGCGCUAUCGACAGGACUGUAACCUUGCAGUACAGCUGCUGAAGUGUAACAAGUCCCACUUCAGGAACCACAAGUUUGCUGAUCUUCCCUAUGAGCUGCAGGACAUGGUCAGUAAGCAUUUGCACAGCACCCAGGAGUCCACAGGCCCUGGUCAAGAAGCAACCCACACCUUGGCUCCAUCUGAUGUUGUGCCCACCUCGGUCAUUGCCAGAGUCUUAGAGAAACCAGAAUCUCUGGUUCUGAAUUCAGCCAAGUCCAGCAGUGGCAGCUGUCCCAUGGCUGAGGAUGUCUUUGUGCACGUGGACAUGAGUGGAGCCCCUCCUGAUGCCUGCAGCAGUGCAGGCCAGAUGGGGAAGGAGGGAGGAGAUGCAGGAAAACAGCAGAAUGGUGGCUGCAAGCCUCAGAGCAGUGUGGAGAGUGUGCCAGAGGAGGUGCCUGCCUUUGAGAAGCUAAGCCCAUACCCUACACCAUCACCUCCCCAUCCGAUGUACCCUGGGCGCAAAGUGAUUGAAUUCUCUGAAGACAAGGUAAGGAUCCCAAAGAACAGCCCCCUGCCCAACUGUACGUACGCUACACGCCAGGCCAUCUCCCUCAGCCUGGUGCAGAGCGAAGACGAGAGCUGCGACAGGCAGCGGACACUCCCCAGCAGCCCUGCCUCGGAAGGGCGCCGUUCGGCCUCCAGCUGUUCCUGUCAGCAGUCACCCAAAGCAGCCCGGGCUCAUGGCUCGUCCCAGAGCAGCCCGUUCAGCAGCCCCCCCCAGAUCCCCAGCGCCUUCGCCAGCUCCGCCAGCUCCGAGGAGGACCUGCUGGCCAACUGGCAGCGCAUGUUUGUGGACAAGGCACCCCCCACCUCGGAGCGGGUGCUGAUGAACCGCACGGCUUUCAGCCGCGACACGGCCCCCGAGCUCCAGAAGAGGUUCAGCCGCUCCAUGCAGGAGCUCGGUAGGGCGGCCUCGGCUUACUCGGAUGGUGAGGAGUCUGCACAGAGCUGCAGCUGGACCGUGAGUCGGGACUCGAGCGUGGACACAGACAGCACUGAGUCCAGAGCCCGCAGGAGCCAUUUCUCCUCAGACUAUGGUACAGAUUUCUCCCAGGACGAAGCUCAGAAGCUAUUGCAGGAAAGCGGUGGAGGUACCGCUGAGCCUGGAAGCCCCUCACCAGAGAAGCGCAAGGACUAUGUAGACCUUGGCUUGCCUGAGAGCCCAGCUGAGGAGAGAGAAAUGUUGCUCCAGGGAAGCAAGGAGAGCAACCAAGGAGGUGCCCAAGAGGAAAGUGGAGAAAGCAGGGUCAAGCCUGCCUUCAGUCGGCCACACCGCAGCCCCAAGAGGAUGGGGGUCCACCACUUGCAUCGCAAGGACAGUCUGACGCAAGCACAGGAGCAAGGCAACCUUCUCAGCUGAGGCAGGGCAAGAAGCAGCCACAUGCUGCAGAGCUGUGGGAUGCCUCCAUCUUCUGAGGAAGGAACCCCCCUUAGUACCCUCCUCCUGGGGGGCCUCUGCUCUGAAAUUUUGUAUUUAUUCUCUUGCUACCUGGAAGAGCUGGGGUCCACCUUCCCCAGCACCUCAGACCCACAGUACUAGCACACACAGUGUGCAGAAGCACGUCCACUGCCCUGGCAUACUUUCAGCUCUCUUCACAGCCUCACACUGGUGCCUGUACCGGAGCUCAUUCUUGGUACCCCUUGUCCUGGUGCCUGUGCCUCUUAAUGCUCACAUCUUCCUUCCCCCUUCCCACUCAGGUACCUGAGGCCCUGGGUACUCUCAUGUUCUUUGCCUGCAGCUGCUCUGCUCUCUUUUAACUUGUGCCAACAGGGCAGAGUGCCUGUGUGGUGGUGUCUGAUUCCCUGGGAGCCCCCAGGGGCUGUGAGUGGGGCACCAGGACUCUCCCAGCAGAUGGCUCUGUGCCCCUGGGGAUGUGCUGGGAUUUCUGGUGUCUCAUUUUCCUGCUGGGUUUUGUUUUCCCCAGCUGCCCUCUGGGUGGUUCUCCAGAAUCUGCCUCUGCAGGUCCCCAUUGCUUGGCUUCUGUGUUGGGCUCAGCACCCAGCCCCCCCUCAGGCAAUGCACGGGUGCUGGUGCUGUGGCGUGGAGCACGGGUGCUGUCUGCUGGGGUGCUUCGGGGACGCACCUCCCGCUAGGCACUGGGAUCUGUGUUUGUGUGUCUCCUCCCUCACACUUCUUCCCCCGCUCUCUGUGCUGUUUUGUUUGCACGGUGCUGAUGCUUUGCUCUUGGGUGGGCUUCUUUCUUCUUUUCAAGCCUUUGGUUUUGGGGUGUAUUGUCUUUCCUUUCUCCCCGCCCUGCAUAAACAGAUGCAGCCGUUGGCAGCCAGUCCGAUGCCUGCAUUGAGGAUGUGUUGAGGAGGCUCAGCUUGGAGCUGCGCUUCCCUCUGAUCCUGGCCUCCAACCUGCAGAAACCCCUCCAGACUCAAGAACAGCAUCUCACUCCUGGCGAUCAAGGUGUGAAGGACGCCACUGGGCUUAGUGCAGGGUGGGCAGGGAUGGGAGGGCAGCGUGCUGAGGAGCUGCUCCCUGCAGACACACUACCUCACGGCUCAGCAGCAGCCCUUUGCCAGGGGCUCCUCGCACACCCCGUUCUCUGGGGGCUCCAGACUGGCGCUGGUGCCUCUCUGGGGCCUGCCCUUCUGGAUAGGGCCUCUCUGUGUGUUUCUCCUGGUGUAGUGUGAUAAUGUGUGACUUUUCUUCUCAGUCUUGUGUGCUCGGUGUCUUGUUGGGGGGGAGGGAAGGGGAGAGGUCUGUAGAUGUAGGUAUUUUUUUGAGGGCUUACAAAGCCCAGGCAUCCUAUUUUAAUAUUGUCCUGUGCCCUUGUCUGUCUGGUGUUUCUUGGCUCCCUGAGGGGUGCAAGGCAGGGUAGCCUGGUUCCCUGUGCUAUGCCUCCCUCGAACCCCACUGGCUGUUCUCAGCCUACUGUCUGGUUUUUGAGUUGGGUUUGUGUCGUCCUCCCACCCUACUCAUCGAGGGCUCUUCACUGGGCUGUAGCGAGCAGCCCUCUCUCUGGGAAGGGAGCUUCCGUUCAUAUGCUUGCAGCAAGAUGUGCGGCCAAGAGCUGCCUCGAGCCCUGCUCCCCUCCCCAAACCCCUGUCUCUGCAGAGGGCCUGCAGCUGGGGCAGCCAGGGCUUCAGCUCGAGCCUGGAGGCUCCAGGGCCUGUGAAAGGGAGCUGCAGGCGCCUCUGGCGGCUCUGUAGGUUGCUUUCUGUCCCCUGCUGCCUUGUUUCCCACCUCCAACAUUGUGGAGCUGGAUGCCACCCUCUGGCGGGGAGGUGGAACUCGGUAUUUCACUACAGUGUUUUGCUCGAUACCUGUGCAAACGGGCUGGUGCUGAGAGCAGGAGCCUCCUCUGAGACUGCAGGGUGUUCAUCUACCCAGAGCUGAAUGUGGUGGUGGGGUCCUUGCGUUAGCUUUCAUCAGCUGCUCCACUGCUGCAUUUCUUCUGUUCUUCUGCAGCGUUGCUGAGGGCUUGUAUGUGCAGUGGCUGCCAGCUCCUGCCUCACGGACAUCACCUGGGGUUGGAUGCUCACUGAGUGAGCUCCUCUGGCUCCCUGAGGGGGAGGCAUUGCCCCAUUUCCUGCUGUGCUGGUCAGGGGACGAACCCCACUCUUGCUGAAGCAGCUAGUGCUGAUGGUGCUGGGCAGAGCCAGCCUCCCUCUGCUUUUAGUCAAGGUAGGCUUAAAAGAGAAAUGGAGGGGUGGCAAAGGAGUGCCCAGUGCCUCACCAAACCCUUCUUCACAGCAUUAGGCUGCUGGCAGAGGUUGAGGAGGAGCCUCAAGAGGAGCAGAGCCCUCUCCCAAUGGACAGGGUGCCUGCCCUCUGCACUCCUGCUCACCUCCAGCAGUAUUGGCUCUGGGGCCCUGAGCUGACCCCAUUUUCAGUGUCCCAACUCCAGACUGUUAAUCUGUAACUAAUGUGUUUUUUUCUGAAAUUUUCAAACUGAUGUAUAUUUUAAGACCAGAAAUAAACUAUUUUAAAAGUA